GAGACAAACAAGGAAACAGUUUGUUCUCUUUCCUUGCUAAAGAGACGAACAGCCUGAAAAAUAGACAUCUCACUUUCUGACCAAGCUAACAGCUUCCUCUGAGUGAGUUCAGCUACAGCAGAGAAAAGUGGAAAACUACAACACUGCUGCUUCAACCUGCUGACGCUCCACACACUGAAGAGACUAAAUGGCUUCCAGAUCUGAGGAGGAGCUCUGCUGUCCAGUCUGCCAUGACAUCUUUAGAGAUCCUGUUGUUCUGUCAUGCAGCCACAGCUUCUGUAAAGGCUGUCUGAUGAACUGGUGGAGACACAAACAAUUGCGUGAGUGUCCAGUUUGUAAGGCGAUGUCUUCAAGAGCAGAUCCACCUUGUAACCUGGUGUUAAGGAACCUGUGUGAGGCCUUCUUGUUGGAGAGAGAUCAGAGAGCUUCAGAGGCUCUCUGCAGUCUGCACUCUGAAAAACUCAAACUCUUCUGUCUGGACCAUCAGCAGCCAGUGUGUGUCGUUUGUAGAGAUUCAGAAAUACACAGCAACCACAGAUUCAGACCCAUCGAUGAAGCUGCACGACAACACAAGAAGGAACUUCAGGAAACUCUGGAGCCCUUAAAGGAGAAGUUAAAGGUUUGUGAACAAGUUAAAGUGAAGUUUGACCAAACAGCAGAACACAUUAAGGUCCAGGCCCGACUCACAGAGAGGCAGAUUAAGGAGCAGUUUAAGAAGCUUCACCAGUUUCUAUAUGAGGAAGAGGAGGCCAGGAGCGUGAAACCAGGAGAGAGACAGCAGCUUCCUGACAAUCCAGAGAGGUUUGAUGAAUACUGGUCUGUUCUGGGCUCUGAGGGCUUCAACUCAGGGACUCACAGCUGGGAUGUCGAGAGUGCAGAAGAAGCCCGAGAGGAUCAGAGUGAAUCUGGACUGGAACAGAGGAAAACUGUCGUUCUCUGA